AUGAUGCUGCGUACCAUUUUGCACAAGGAUGCUGUAGGUGUGUUCGAAGCUGAAUGUCUGGAGCUGAGUCCAGCGAAGGCCAGGGACCUCCAGUCCACUUCGACGCUUGAGCAGUUCAUGGCGAAGCUGUGUGUGCAUCACCAGAGGCAGAUUGUCGACGCUCUGGGCUUCCUACAGACAGAGGUCAAGACUAUAUCCUCCUCCAGCACAUCACCAGUCUCUGCCUUCAAAACCUCUUGCUCAGUCAAGCAUGGCACCCUUCAGGGUCCUAGCCCUGAACCCUGCCUGGAGACCCUGGAGAAGGGGAGGACUGGCCAGAAACUUCCCAUGGCUUCCACUCCCAAAGGACCGGUGGAGGGGGGAGAGACAGUUGGUAGCAGGUUGGCAGCCCCAGAGCAGACCCCUGAGACUGAUGUGUCUAGAAAUGUAUCUGGGGCCGCUGGGCCAGCCUUAGAUCUCCGUAAAUCUGUACCAGGGGAGUGUAAGGCUUUGGCAAACCUUCUCAGAAGCACAGAGGACGGUGAGAGUAAACCUGUUAGUGACCAUGCUCCUCUAAAGAUCAAAAUCAUGAAGUCCAGCAGCCUGGCUGAUGGUAAGAAGCUGUCCUGUGUGCUCACCACCUCUCUUCCUGCUCGCGCCGGUACUAUGGAUAAACAGCAGGGCAAUUCUGACUCUUCAAUCAGAGCAGAUGGUUACAGCGAUGGCCUCAGCUCCUCUGUGAAAAGGCACAAUGAUCUUAAUCAUCCAACAAGACAAAGAGGCUCCUUUGGACGUACCAGAGAUACGCUGGUCAAACAGAGUCCACCCCAAAAGACCCCCACCAUCAUACCCCCAGUUUCCCCCAGGACAGCAAGGAAGACCUUGAAGGGGUCUUCCUACCAUCGGCCUAGGGACUCUUCUUCGGUGUGUCAGUUUGUAACGGACCCUGAUCUCGGCCACUGCGACAUUGUCUACAUUGACAAACCAAUCACAGACUGUUUCCAGAAAUGGCAGCACCGUCGGCUCCCGCGACACAACGCCAGGAAAAGCACCAGAGGUCACAUGUACGUGGAGGAGAUGUGGGAGCUUAAGACUGUCCGUACAUUAGCCAGAAAGUCCGCCCGCAACUAUAGUAGCAACUCUCUCACUCCAAUGCCAGAUCUCAACACUCUGGUCACCCCUAAACAGCUGCUUGGCAAGCCUGAGGGUGUACCUCUUGUGGAUAUGCCCUUCAUUGGAGGUAUUUUGGAGACGGUCAGUCAGAGAACUCCCUCAGAGCAUUCAGCUGAAAGGGAGUUGGCUGGGGAUGUAGAGACUGCAGCAACAUCAGCCAGUGAGGUGGAGCUAAUCGUUGAGACUAGUCAGACAGACCAGAGUCAAUGCAAAGAACAGACUGCCCCUCCAUCUCCUUCACAGUGUCCCCCAGUGGAGAACGAGCAGAGUGCAGGGACAGACUCAGAGCAACCAAGGCUGAGUGUAGCACCAGAGGAUAGUCUAGCUCGUACUGUGGUCGAGACCGCACAUCAGGAUUUAAACAGUGUUAUUAAUGACAUCGUUUUGAGUGAAUGCCCAGAGCAGGUGGUGAUGGGGAAAGAUGUGAACCCAUCACAUAAGACAUCAGAAGAAGCUGAGCUUGUCCAGGAUCAGCUGCAGAGUGUGCCAGAGGGCCAGCACGUCAUCUCUGAAACCCAACAAAAGGAAUCUGAAUCCCUGAGCCCUUCCAUGGAGAGCACUGGAAACAAGGAGGAGAAUGAGGUAGUGAGUGCAAGUGCAAUUGAUAAAGAACAGGCCGAGCCACUGGAACCUCAGAGUCCAGUUGACCAGAAACCAUCUGAGGGCUCUGGAGGAGAAGUUGGCACUGAGGUUCCCACAGAGAGUGAAAGGAUGGAGGUGCAGGUCGAACCAGACUGGGCUCCAGGUCACGGCAACAAUGUGCCUGAAGAGAAAAAGACAGCUGCUGAUUUGUCCUCUAAAAAGGCAGAUGAGGCAGUUGUGAAACAAUCACCUCCAAGGUGUUCUGAAAAACAGGGUAUUCCAGCACGGGUGAUUCCUUCAAAGGUGAAGGAAACUGCAGUGAUUGAGACCGAGAAUAUGAAUAUAUGUGGAUAUGUGAAUGGUAGACCUAUAGCGCAGUCUGACAGAUGUUUGCGUGAACGGCCAGCUAAAAACACCCCAGAGUCUACUCCUACGAAGACUAAACGCCCCACUAAGACCUCUCUGAAACAAUCCGAGAAACCUUCUGAGAACAUGCCAGAAAUUCCUCAAGUCUCACUCCCUCCAGCCGAACUGAUCAAAAUCCCUUUGUCCAAACAUCCCACAAAAACCUUUAAAGCUAAAGCAACUCAGAACCUGCCUGACACGAAGACCCCUGUGGAAGCGAGCCAGAUCACGUCUGACGCAAGGGCCCCUAUAACAGCAAGACUGAGCAUUCCUGACACUCCUCCAGUCGCAGAUACACCAAUCGACUCCCCCAGGAACCCUGAGCCCAGACACCCGCUCAGAUCAGCCAGACUGCAACAGCGAGCAGCUGUCGCCUCGCCCCCCCUCCCUGUCGCCUCGCCCCCCCUCCCUGUCGUCCCCAGUGCAGUCACCCAGAGCUCUUUCAUUGUCCCCCCAGAACCAUCUACCUCCCUCCCACUCCCCUGCAUCAAGUUUAACCCUCCCCUCCCCGUUGCAUAUCCUCUUCUUCCUAUCGUCCCCAGUGCAGUCACCCAGAGCUCUGAAGAGCUGAAAGUUGAAAGAGCUCAGCCAGCUCCAAAACCCAAACCCAGCAAGACACAGAACACUGCAGUGGAAACUAGGGUGCAAACUAGACCAAAGCUCAGGUCGUCAAUGGUGGUAGUAGCAAAGGAAGUUGAAAAGGUUGUGAGUCUGCAAGUUAGCAAGGAGGUUUCUGCUCUCACAGAGGGUACAGGCAUUAAAAAGAGUGAGGCGCAAGCGCAUAGUAGUCCACUAAGACACAAAAUAAUUCCCCAAAAGGAAGGAGAACCAAGCAAAUUGGCUCCAUCUGAGGGAGAACCAAGCAAAUUGACUUCCCUGAAGAAUUCAGAGGAACCAACUUUGCUGAAGAAGGCAGAGGCACCAACUUCAAUGGAUAACAAAAUUCUAUCUGGAGAUUUCAGCAAGUCUUCCAUCAGCAGUGCUUCAGACAAACCUGGACGAAUGCCAUUGAGGAGUGAGAGUAGUAAAACUGAAGUGGCCAGCCAGUCCAUUACCCCGACAACUCCACCGACUGCGGUGGAGAACAGAAAGUCCGCUUUGAGAGUCCAGAGGUCACCCACGUCCUCAACCAGUGCUCCAAUCACAGCUGAGAAAAGGAGUGGAGUGGCAUCUUCCAUGAGGCUGAAAUCCCCAGUGAGACUCACAUCACCCAUCAAGGUCAAACCUGAGAGGAUAAUCAAGUCUCCACUAAGGGAUUCUCCUUUGCUGGUCAGUUCUCCUCUGCCCUCCAGCUUAGUCACUCCUCUCCUCCUGCCCAAACUAGAGCCCCCAGUACAGUCUCGACACAAGUUCCUGGAAUUACUAGACAUAGAGGAAAACCAACAGAAAAUAUCUACUCUCAACACCACGUUCGAUAAGAUGCAUAGAGGCUGGGUCCAGAUAGACAAAGAGGGACAACCAACGCCCAGACACAAGAACAAGGCAGACAGACAGGCAGCGAUAUGGAAGAGCAAGCGCCGGGUCCGCAAGCCCAAGUCUUCGGAGCACCAGAGGUACUCCCUUGUCCAGAUGCUUUUCAAGAAUGAUUUGGACCUAGCCAGUAUCUGCCGCUGGUACAUGGAGUCAACAGAAACCCAAUCCCUGGUCAUCGUAAAGAAGGUGAACACACGUCUUCCCUCUGAGACCCAGCUGCUCUUCCCCGGUAUGUCCCAAGGGCUGUCCAAAGGGGUCUUCCCUAGCCUGCAAGCCGAGCGCUUGAAGAAACACUUGAAGAAGUUUGCCAUCGCUUCCCCUGUGAAGAGCAACCCUAAGAGCCGGAAGCUGAUUGCUAAAGCCCUGGAGCAGGAGGUUAGUACAAGUACGCCCAAAGGGAAGGAGAAGAGAGAGCUGACCACGGCCACCCGGAUCUCCACCAAAGCCUAUCUCUCCUCUGCAGAGACACAGGCAACCGACGGCCAGAAGGCCUCAGCGAAGGCCAAGAACCCAGCCAGUGCUCGGAUCCUGCGGAAGUACUCCAAUAUACGUGAGAAGAUGCAAGGUCAACAAAGCUCCAAGAAGCCAAAAGGGGCCCCAAGAAAAGAGCUCAAAGCUUCCAAAGUCAAACCCUCUAAAGCCCCAAAGACGAAAUUGGCAAAACCAACUAAACUGAAACCGGCCACUGCCCAGGGGCAGAAAUCAUCUGUUUCUGGAGAUAAAAGUGUGAAGGAGCCAAGUGUAGUCAAAACAGAGCGAGAGCAGUCAUCUCCUAGUAGAAAGACUCCAGUAAAAGCUGCUGUCCAGGAGAGAUCAGUCAAGACUAGCAGCAGCAGUAGAACCUUAAGAGAUCUCAGUAGGAAAGAGAGUGCAUCACCACAGAGGUCUACCCAAAGAGCGAUGACCCCAAAAGCACAGAAAAAAAACCUUGCUCCUUCCAUCACCCCUAAAACGAAAUCAAACAAACAGCAGGUUGGAGCAGAGAAGGCAGAGGUGGAAAAGAGACGCUCUGAAAGUAGAGUAUCUGAGACUAAAGGCCUUGAAAGUAAAGUCGCUGAAAGUGAGGUUGAGUCUCAACAGAACAUGGAUGUCAAAACGCCAGGCUCUCCUGACCAGGUACUCACAAGGUCACAAAGGAAGAUGGAGGCCACUCCAUCCCCCUCAAUCUCUCAGAGUGCAAACUCUAAGCCUGCCACAAAGAGAUCAAAUGAACCAGCUCAGAGUGAGACUCUGAAGGCUGCCACAAAAAGAAGCCAGGAGAGCACACAGAAUCCAGCCAAGCGGACCAGGAAGAAAUAGCUAGAAAUAGCUACAGUAGUGUGCAGAAAGAAUGUAACAGCCAAGCUGGUUAUGUUAAGGGGGGGGGGAGCUUGGCAAUGCCAACACUUUUGAUAAGCUUCAAAGGCCAAAUGCAAAUGGUGACGGGAAGAUAUUUAAAGUCUAGUGUGUUUGCUGUGUUUUCUGAGAGGGUACCUAUCAGACCAGUGUUGUUAUACAGAGGCAAAACUCCAUCUGGCCUCUGGUUUGGUAUUGUGUAAUUCUCUCUAACUGGGCUGGAGAUUAUUUUAUAAGGGUAUAUCUGCAUUUUUGUUUUUGGUUUGAUGUUAGGUUUAUUAGUUAUUCCGACUACAGCAUGCCAUGUCCUCCAAUUUUUGUUUGUCCUAGUGUUUUGUAAAGAUCACAGAAGUCUCUAUUCCACGCUUGUGGAAAAAGAAACGUGUGUGGUUUAGUAAUAGUGGCAUGAAAACAUCAGUACCAUGUUGCUAAAAACAAAUAUUGAUUUUCUCUGACUGCAGCACAGCAUGGCAAGCCAAUCGUUCAAUUUAAAUUAGCCCAGAUUUCACUGAACAUCAUUCUUAGAUCUAUAGCCUAUAUUCAUCAAUGUCUCCAGCCCAUCUCGUGAUCAAAGAGUUGUGCGAGUGUGUGUGACUUUUUGUGAUCAGGUGCCUUAUUCAUCAGAUGUAAAGUAAUGUGUUGCUAACAGGUGAAGCCUCGAUUCUCUGGCCAUUGCACAGACACGUACUGUAGGAGGAGAAAGGGAGUGUUCUAGAUAUGGAUUUGGUGCAGGUCUGCACACAUUGUGUCAUGUUGACGUGGUCCUUCAGAACUCUUCUCCGGGUUAUUGUAUAGAGCUGGUCAUUGGUGCCGACCUGCACAUCUGUGUAUCUUCAUGCACAACUGUGUAUCUUCAUGCACAACUGUGUAUCUUCAUGCACAACUUCCCUCCAUGUGUUCAGUCCCACAUGUUCCCUAUUCUCCUCUGUCUUCCUGCUAUAAACCCACCCUGCUUCUCAUCAUGUACUGUUUAUUUUGAAUGUGUGAAGGAGCAUCAUGGUUUAUUAUUCUAAUGAGUUCUCUUUGACGUGUCUUUGUUUCAUUUUAGAUUCUGGGGUUAUUUCUGUUCCUGAGCAGUAGCCUUAUAACUGUUGUUAUCCUAGCUGUGUUUAACUUUCAAAAACUGUCCGAGUUCUGUUUUGAAAUUUUAACAAAUUAUUUUUAUUUUUAUUUGCAAUACAUGUGAGAUAUUAACACCUGCCUCACUUGUAUCUCUGAUCCUGUCCCUUAUAUUCUCUGAUUCUCGUUAGUUUAAUGGUGAUGUUUUCCCUCUGGUGUGAUCAUUACAUGCUGUUGCAUGUACUUUAGCUACCUGUAGUGUUUACAUUUAAAUGCUUGUUUCUCCAGUCUUUCACCUGUGUAACAACAGCCCACUCCUGAAGUGCAGUAUUCACCACAGCUAUUCUUAUUAAACAUGUAUUUGUUUGUUCUUUCUGAAAACUAGCUUUUGUUGCGGAAACUUUAACUAAGACUAUGCAUGGAUGUUACCUUUCCUCUCUGGGUCUUGUACUGAAUGAGCAUUAAUGACUGAUGAUAAACCCUUGAAAGACAUGUCAUUGGUCACCUGUUUUGGAAGGGGGUCACUUUAAGGUCUGCUGUUUGAGAGCAGAUACCAGGGAAUGAUGCUACAGUACAUAGAGCCACAGGUUGUAUCUAAAGUUAGAUGCAUAUGUUUUGCCCAUACUUUGAGCUUGUACGGUAGGGUGUGUUUGCCUGUAAUUUGGACUAUAUUGCAGUAUACUGACCCCUGGUGACCAUAUGAAAAUUGUUGGAGAGAAAAAGUGUUUGUAAAUGAUCAGUCUACUAUAUCCCAAUGUUAUAGAAAUAACCUGUAAAUGAUCAGUCUGUACUAUAUCCCAAUGUUAUAGAAAUAACCUGUCUGGCAUGUUUUAUUUCUGUGUAUUUUAUUUCUCAGAUUGUUAUUUUGUUUCAGGAAGAUGUUUUCUUGAUGCUUCCGUACUUCAGCAAUAGCCUGACCUCCGUUUGUCAAAAGAAAGAAGACAUUUUAGGACAGUGUUAUUUUUAUUAUGGUUAUUUCACUUUAAACGUAAUAAUUUGUAAAUGCAAAAAGGUAUAAUUCAUGUUUUAUAUUGUUAUUUAAGAACCCCUCUAGAUGAAUGCAUACAGUAGAUCUACAUGAAGCAGUCCACCAAAUAUCAAACUUGAACAUGUUUUAUUCUUUACUGUGGAUAUUUAUAGUUUGGGAUUCUGUAUAUUGGAAAAUAAAUAACUGAUGUAUUUGUGUUAAUCCCAAUAAUGAGACAUAUUUGAAGUUAGUGACUUUGUAUUCUUGCUGGAGUU